ACUGCUUGGUUUCCAAAAAACUAAUUUUUAUAAGGUUAAUGAACAUGAAAAUAUGAACACACCACAGAGACCAAAAUGAACAAUACUUUUUCUCCUAGAAAAAUCACCCAUGUCUUCCUCCAGACUGGGGCUCUGUUUGGCUGCCUGUUUACUAAAUAUUUCAGAAGCCAGAAGGAAAUACGUUGUUGAGAACAUAGCAAAAGCAGCUCUUGAAAAAAAUGGGCACAGGUAUCCUGAAGUAUCAGUGCUCAAUAUAUUUUCAUUUUCUGAUCAAGACUACAACAGAUCAAUCAAAAUAGCAGCUUCUGUUAAUGAGUUAGGCAAUUCCGUUUUGGCUGCCAGCGUGGAGGCUUUUAAGUCUAUGAAUAUGGAGGCUCAAGAGGGGAUCCCUUGCCUGGGAGCAGUGGACCUCAUUCCCAUUUACACUCUAUCUCGUGUACAAGUGGACAAGUGUGGAGCUGUGGCCUAAGUAAGAGAAAGUUUAGGGUAGUGUGUCAUUCCUGGUUGGAAACCAUUUUUUUUUUUUUUAAACAAAUCAGAACAGUUUGUGACAAUAUAAUCAUUCCUCAACUCCCUGGAAGAGUCGACCUUGAAGAAUUAUAUCAAUAAUAGGCUUUCAUGGGUUGCAGUGCAUACCGUGGCUUUGUGACUUCUCUCUCCACUUUCCACCCCAUGACACUAUGGAACACUAAAUGCCGUGGGAUGGGGGCAAAUCAACCAUUUGUCCCUUACAGAUUUGCCAUAGAUCAUGAGGAAAAACAACAGUAGUUUCUAAUGAGUUCCUUAGAUUCUUCAAGGCAGAACAAUGGUGUGUUUGGCCCAUCUGUGUCCUAUUUUCUUGAGCAGGGGUAAUGAUGAGGUUGAAAAACCACUUAAAUGUUAACUCCUACCCCUUUUUCCUCUGAUUUUUUUUCUUUCUUUCCCUAUGUACAACUCUCUUUAAGAUUUGCUUUGGAACUGAACUGUCACAUGCUUGAUUUCAGCCCCAGGGGUAAGUUUAAUUUGGAAAAUUUGAGCUAUGUCACUUGAGGUGUUUUUGAAUUAGGCAAAUUGGGAGAAAAGAAAGACCUUUUGCCUGGACUGUCUAGCUGCACCGUGGUUAAUUACGAGAUGCAGAGGCUCAUAACCUUUGGGGGAAAGUCUGCCUUAGGAUAAUUGCAUUCUUCUCUGUAUGACCUCAGAAAUCCCUGUAUGAUGUUGCUUCAUGUAUUUCAUACUGAAUUGUCUAACAUUUGGGAUGUAGAUUUGGACUCUGAGCUACAUCAAGUACUGGCACUAGUAAAAGAGACUUGUUUCCAGAGGAGCACCUCACCACUUGUGCUGCCUUUUAAUGUGACCUCACAAUCCAGGGAUUAUUUCCCAGGGAAGUCUUGGCCCAAAAUUUCUGUACUUUUUAUCCAAGAAAGAGUUAAAAUUCAGCAUGGGGGAAAUACGUUUCACACGAAAACGAAGAGUUCAGAAUUGUCCAGACCUGAAUAAUGAUUUUAAUUGUCUUCAAAACAAUUAUGUUCAAUUACAUUAAAUCUCAAAUUAGCUAGUACAUGAAGUUCUCCAUUACAUCAGGACUGGUCCUCCCCAGAUGUUCAUCCUGCGUAGGAGACAGUUGACAGUCGGAUGGUCUGGACACAGUAUUUCUCCCUUCUCUUGCCCUUUUGCUUCAUUGGCAGCUACUGUACCUCAUGAUUUAAACAUGGACAUUUCUAAUUAAAUGAGAGCUCAGCUGCAUUCUUGAAGUAAUUUAUAACAUUUGAUUUGAAAUGUAAUAGCUUCAAUCUUCAUCUGAUUAAAAACAGUCAUAUACUGUACAUGGUUACUAUUUUGAUGGCUGCAACAUGCAGUUUUUAUUUUUACAUUCCCCUUUCGACACAGCUGUUCAUCUAAUAUCAUCCAUUUUUUUAAAGCUUUUUUUAUUUGUUGUUGUUGUAAUAGCAUGUUCAGGCAUUCUUAUGAGGUAGAAGUAUUCAAUUCUAGGAUCUUGCCGUUCUCACAACAGUGAAGGGACAUUUUUCACUAGGGUAACCCCUUCUCAUGGAAACCAACUUUUUUUUUUUUAAUGUUUAUUUAUUUUUGAA